CUGGAACUUCGAAGGAGAGCUCUUUUUCGGAGAAGACAGCGUAUGUGUUAUUCAAGUGAACUUCUUACACGAAUACCUAUAACUGUCGUAUACGUAAUCGUAAAGGCGCCACAGAACAGUGAAAAUGUCCCAGAACCCUUCAAUGAAGAAAAUUCAAAUAGUGCAGGAUUUGCUAGUGCACCCGUCAACCUUGAGGUUACCCUCAACUGAUGGUAGCCAACAUCAUGGGUCACCUGCAACCGCUCAACAAAGGACGUCAGAAAACGUCAUAUAUAUUGCUGAUAGCGAUAUAGAAGACGAAUUUGCGGGAGUGCAUGGAAAUCUUGAGAGUCACCAGACCCGUCCCGCGUCGGAUCAACGUCUACCACCACCACCACCACCACAAAUGCAGCAUCCGGAUCACCUUCAUCAUCAGCACUCAACGCAUGCUGAACAACAAAUGCUGCUCCCACCAGUGAAUUUAAUUGCGGUUAAGGAGCACAGCAUGCGAUGGCUGUAGGAGCUUCACCGAAGCUACCAACAUCGACAAGUGGUAUUGGAGACGUUGACCACACAGUUAUCGGAUGAGCUGGCUGAAACUAUCAGAAAUUUGGAAACUGUGCGCGCUAACGUACUAGAGACUGAAGAGAUGCUGCGUAGGCUCUACGAAAUG